GUCAGUUAGUGUGCGGUGUCAGACAACCAUCGGUGAGCCAACAAUCCAGCUCCAAGUGCUGAACUAUGGAAGAGAUUAACAACAUUGAAGUCACUCCGUGCACAGAGUCCGACUACCUGAAGCCGCUCAGGGUGCACUAUAACCAGAAUGGCACAAAGAAAUCCUGGGACUUCAUGCGAACCCAUGAUAGUGUAUCAGUGCUGAUCUUCAAUACCAGCUCACACUGUUUUGUCCUCGUCAAGCAGUUCCGUCCAGCGGUAUACAUGUGUGAGUGGGAAAGGAACAAGACGGCGCCGCCUCAGUCUGCUGAAAAAUCUGAGGAGGGCGCCUCCGAAGCGGCGGCCCCCGCUCCUGAGUCUCAGGAGGGCCAGUCGGCCUCAGAGGGGGAGAGCUCCUCUCAGCCCCCCGCGACUGCGGGGGUCACCUACGAGCUCUGCGCCGGGCUGGUGGACAAACCCAACCUGUCUCUGGAGGAGAUCGCCCGGCAGGAGGUGCUGGAGGAGUGUGGCUACGAUGUGCCUGCCGCUAAACUGAAGAGGAUUACUUCUUACAGGUCAGGCGUAGGGGUAACGGGCGCCAAGCAGACCAUGUUCUACGCCGAGGUGUCUGACGACAACUGUGUGAGCGCAGGCGGAGGUGAGCCGCGGGAGGGGGAGCUUAUCGAGGUGGUCAAAGUCCCGCUGCACGAGGCCAUGACGUUUGCCUACGACGAGCGUAUACCCAAGACCAUGGGUGUCAUUUUUAGUUUCAUCUGGUUCCAUAAUAACAUGUCUCCCAAGUACAAGAUCUCCACCAAUGUGUAACUAGUAUUAACAAACCCUCUUUAUACCGUUUAUUCCAAAUUAAGUCAAACACUGGCCCAGCACAUCCACACCUCCCCUCAUGGCUCUUCAUCCUGUAUUGCCUUUUUGCUUAUUGGUACAUGAUGAAAGGUGGGCCCCUUGUCUUGUUGCCAACAGGUAUCUCUAAGUUUGUCCUAUUUGAGUUCCAUGUGGUCUUAAUAUUUUUCCUAAAAACAAAUUUGCCAUAGCUGGUUGUCACUGGCACGUUUUUUUUCUUUUCUUGAUAUUUUUUUCUAGCCUGUUAAUCAUUUUAUUUACUGUGCCAUCUGAUAUAAAUGGCUGCAUAUCACUGAUUUCAUUUGCCUGCCCUCGAUUAAAGGAAUGCUCCACUGCUUUUAGUGAACAUUAGCUGCAUUUAUAGAAGCAGAAACGUGUUUUAAAAGGACCUGAUAUUGACUGAGUUACAGUCAACUUGUUUGAAGCAUUCCUACAACAGCCAGCAUUCAUUGCAAAAUGCUAACUAGCCAUGUGGCCCCUGGUUAGCCUUGGUUGCUAACAUGUUAGCAUGCUAAUUUUUGCAUCGGAUUUCACGCAAACAUUUCUACUCCUGCUAAAGGAAUUUAGCACCUAGUAUAACAACACACAUCAUAUGAGCAGUGGCUCCUUUUUGUACUGGUCGUUACUUGAACCAUUAAAGCUACAAAAACAAGGUAAAGAAACAAAACAGUGGAGCGUUCCUUUAAUCCAUGAUCCAGUAAUGCAAAAACUAUGCUAGUCAAUGGUGGGGCCUUGUGACGAUUGAGGUGUCAGGUGUGUUUUAACCACCACUUGUUCAAGCAUGCCUCAAUUAAUUUCUCUGAUCCACAGCCUUUAAGCAAUACUUAUCACAGCACCCCGGGAUAAACAAUCACUCCAAUCAACUCUGGUAGAAAAUCUUCAUAAAGUCAAACCAGUGGACAUAUUAGCAGACUUAUUUUCUACGAGAAACAUGGGAAAAGUAAGUCAGGUAUUGUUAAACAUCACAGAAAAUGCAUAGAACCCCUGCACAGAGGGCCUGAACUCCGUUUUAAGUGUUCUCAAGCACAAUCCUGCAAGGAAGUACUGAUAUUUUGCCUGCAACAUGUCAGAGAAUAGUUUGAUUUUUGAUUUUUACUCUCUGUUGCAUUUUCUUUUCUGAGAUCAAGACAGACUGGAAAUACAGUAGGGAAGACUCUGUAUUAAGGUAAAAUUAUCUUCUCAUUACAAUCAAAGUCAUUUCUAGAGACUUCACUAAACCAGACAUGUAAAGGUUACAUUUUGAACACAUUAAAGCAGGCGUAGGAGCAUAUUCAAAAGUAGUUAAACAUCUGAAACAUCGCCUCUGCUCAUAAUUCAUUUCAGACAUUCUGUGUAGUAAAUCUCAGAUGUAUUAUUCUCAUUAACACGCGAACCUAAUCUCACAAAUCUCAACAGCAGUUUGCCAAAAUCUCAGGUCCAAAUAGUCAAACUUUUGGUCAUAUUCAGGGUGGAUCUCUGAAUGUGAUGAUGACCAGCAUGUUAGAUAUUAUUAUUAUUAUAUAUCAGAAUCACUUGCAGCUUAAAGGCAACAAAGUUCUUACUCUUCUUACUAUAUGUUAGGUUUUUUCUUUAUUCAACAAGGGCUGGUACUUCAUUUAUUAAUCAAUAUGUAAAAAGGAAGAAAUUCCCCCACCUCGUAGUUUCCUUCAAAAAAUAUGCAAGUUCUGAAGCAAAGACAGUAUUGCUUUUGGAAAAUUUCCACUCACCUAAAAAUGACACAUCUCAAUAUUUAGACAUGACUUUAGUUAGAAAUCGAGAGAGCACCUGCAGAAGGAAGUUGUAUGACAAAAUAUAGUGAGUGAAAUUUAAAGGUUAUUUAAAGACCUGCCUGGAAUGAACUUUGCGUUUUUUUGACUACGAAAAAAAAGGAAAUGUGCUGUAUGUAAGAGUGUUAAUUUUGAACACAUUGGAGGUGAAAUCAUAAGUGAAAUCAUAAACCUAUUUUAUUAAACAAAACCCCUUCACCAUAAAACAACUUACUGUCUAUGUAAUUGUCUGAACUCUGGUGUGAAAAUGAAAAAAAAAACAAUAUGAGCAUCAGUCCAGGAUUUAUUUUGUUCUUCGGGGCUUUUUGAGCCCGAGGGACAGCUGACAAUCAAAUGUGAACAUUUGUCGUCUUUUACCCAUAACACCUUGUGUCUUUGGUUAUUUUUUUCGUCAUUGAUUUAUUAGAUGUAUGUACUGAAUCUCACAGCAGUUCUCUUAGAAGAGGACUGAGCAUCAAUUUCAGUCAUCUGGUGCCGCUUGAGUUCUCAACACAUUUCUAUCUGCACAAACGAAGUGAAGAGAUUUUGAAACGACCAAACUAAAUAUGUUUCACACGCUGAGUUAAAUAUUUCCACCCGGACUGUGUAGGAAUAUAUGCAGAACCCUUAAGCCAUAUUUAUCUUCCCCUACGCCCCAACCAUUCUCCAUAGAAGAUCAUUCCUUGAUGUAGGAUUGUAUAGUUUGCUGGAACUGCUUGAAUAUAUUUUUAUUUAGUUGAUUUUCUUUGGAAAAGGAAAGAUGACUCUCAUUUUGCUAAAGUGAAUCAUAUUCUCUAACACCCAAACCUGAUGUGCAAAACUAAAUCAGGUUCAAAUACAAACUAAAUUUUCUACUUUAACAAGUUUGGAAAAAUGUGUAAAUCACCUUUGGAAAACCAUGAAAUGACCAUCAGACAACUUGUGUGCGCUAUGUUAAGGAUAAACAUCAUAACCAGGGUUGGAAAUUAUCUUUUUUUAAAUUCACCAGCCAGUAUUUAGCUUGUGCUAAUUUCCAACCCUUACUGUAACCCUGAUCAGACACAGUGCUUUAUGCAGGUUGUAAAAGCAUACACAAAAAAAUGUUAAUUGUAAGUCUUUGCAAAGCAACCAUUGAAUUGCCUGUCCUCUUUAUUAAUAAAAAUGUAAAUGACAUUGGAGACUUUCUACAACAGCGUAUUAGGGCCAAGUAUCAAAAAAAUAAAAAUACGGAUGUGGCAUGCUGUGUUCUAUGUCUGAGUGAGUGACUUAAUCAAAUUAUACUUUGCAAUCGGAUUUAGCAAUAAGGAAAUACUGGUGGUUUAAACCAGAAUCACCAUAUUAUCAUAAGUAUCCGGAUUUUGAAGAGACAUUGCUGUGAAUUGGGCCUAUUCAGAAGAAAACACAGUGCUAAUUUGGAUGAGGUGAGAGCUUUUCUGCAUCAGGAACUACAACUACUGCAAUGAACAGAUGCAAGAAUAUCACUGAUUAUAUCUAUGCCACUUUUUUCUUAUAAAUCCACCCCUUUUUUUCCGUAGAUUGGACACUUUUUCUCUGCUCUGAGUUUGAAGUUGAAGAAAGCUUUUAUUUGACAAACUAUUCUAGGGACAAAAAAGGCAAUGAUUGUAAAUUAGAAAUGCAUUUUUAUGACAUUGUGUUGUUCAACUCAAGGUUCUCAGGGCGAUCCUAAAAACACAAGGUACUCAGCAAUGUAAAAAGCUUCAUUCUCUUAGAAAACUAUUACAAAAAGCCGCCUCAGACUGCUAAAAAGCUCUCUGUCUGAUCAGGUCCUUACAGGCCUUUUAGAUAAUAUUUUCUUAACUAUACUUCAUGAUAGCCAGCCACCAUGAUAUCUUUGAAGCUUUCAGAAAGUUGUUUAUUUGGCACCUUAUCCUCAUGAGAUCCCUUAACCCCUUUAUUUCCUCCAUUUGAUCUUUUUUUCGCUGAAUAAGGUCCAAGACGAUCUCAACACUGAAAGAUUCCCAAUGGUGCUUACAGUUUCCCGUCGUCUUGUCUAGUAUGAGAUGAACCCGUCAUGAAAGAUAAUGAAGAUGCUAAUCACGUUUUGUCUUGGAAUUACUCAUUAGAAAAUUAUCGUCGCCCACGUUUGAAAAUGGGUUAGCCAUAAUCAUUCCAAAAUAAUAUAAUCCUCUGUGUAUUUUAAACAAACAAAAAAACUCUCUCUGAUUUGGCUUGAUGUAAAAUGGGACAAACAAAGCCAUUUAAACUUUGAAGGCCAGUCUGUAACUUUAUGUGCCUGUCAAAUGUGGAUAAUUGCAGUGUGAUUUCUCUUUUGGCUCAGAUUAUUUUUCUUUUUGAGGAAAGUUAGAGCAAAAACACAAAGGCUUUUCUUUGCCAUUUUCCCUGGCUUGAUACAUCAGCCAGCGAGCCAACACCGGAACAUAUUCCUGCACACCUUCCGGCCAUUUAUUAUCUGGAAGUCAAGUUCAUUUAGUGAACAUCUCUGAGGACAAACGGCAGCCUCUAUGAAUGACAAGACAAACAUAGAAUCCACACAAAUAGAUAGCAGCUGCCAGCGGGAGGGAUCAGGUCCCAACGUCUAAAGAUGUUGUGAUUUGAGCUUGAUUGUUGCAGAGAAGUCGGUUGACAAAAGCGUGACAGCACUUCAGGUUCAGCCGGUGCAGCCAGCUUCUUUAUAAAGGCAGUUAAAUAUAUGAAGGUUAUUUAGAUUAAUGUGAGGCCUGUAUUGUAUUUUUGUUCAACCUGUGGAGUCAAAACUCACAAGCUGAUCUGUUAUCGGAUCUGCUGUCUAUUUUAUACUUUUUUUAUUAGUUUUAUAUGCUAUUCAGAUGUGACUGACUAUGUUUUUAUUAGUUUGAAACUUGUGUUCUUUUGCGUGAAAUGCUCAAAUUUGAGCCAAAGUCUGCACUCCCAUUACAAUAAAGUCAACACAUUGAGUGGAAGUCGUGAAAAAGCUUGGUUAAACUAGCUGUUUUCUUGGCGGAAUUAAAGGAAAAGACUUUUAGAAAAUACCCUUAUUCGUUCCAGAGUUAGAUGAGAAGAUUGAUACCACCACAAAAUAGAAUCUGCAGCCCGUGUACAAUGUACAAUGGGGGGGAACUUUAGUUCUUCCACUGAAAUUAAGAGAUGACAUGAUAAAUGCGGGAUUACGAGCACGAGAAAAUCCAUCUUUAAAUAACGUGUUUGUGUCCCGACCCAAUGUGUGAGGAGUCUUGUGAGGAGCUACUGGAAACUUUAGGUGUGGUUUAGUUGGGUAACGAGGCACAGAGGUGACCGUUCGUUCAAAACAACAAUGACAAUGGUGGUGUCUGAUCCUAUCACCUGCCAAGUCAUUUUUGAAAGUUCCUGCCCUUUUUCGGUGUGGCUGCAGGUUUGUUUGGAGCCGAUGCUAGUCCCGAACUAGUUCUUUGUGAAAGAACCGACUCUCGGCCUGGAAAACUGGUUCCAGAGCGGCGCUAAAUCUUUGCUGGGCUAGAACCACGAACCGCUUACACCAGGGGCUGGGGGCGGGAUUAUCAGGACCAACAAGACCAACUAAAACAUGUAUCAUUACUUUUCGAUUUGUUCAAUUACAGUAUGAUCAAUAUGGGUUAGCGUUCGCUUACAACAAAGUCGAACAUUAUCAUCUAACAAUCAGUGUUAAUUAGAGCAUAAUCGAUGUGAAUCGAUCAAGAGGAGCAGCACAAAUGCGUUGUACAUGUCAUAUUUGAAUGCUAAUGUUUAGCCUCGCAAAGCCAGGAGCAACAUUUGUAGAGAGACAAUCAUCUGCUAGUGUUGUUAUUAUGCUUGCAGCGAGCCGAGACGUUUCCAGACUCUCUAGCCUGUGAAAAAGCUAACAGGUUCUGAGUUCACAGUUGGUUCAACUUGCGAACCAGUACCAGCCCAGCACCAGAACUAGGUUGCCGUUGGUCGAAAAGGGCUGUCAGUUGAUUGAUCAGUUGUUCCUGUUUGGUUUGAACAAAAACCUGCAGCCACAUGGUCUUUUCAUGGAUCAGUAUAUCAGUAAUAAGCCAAUGAAAGUGCUAUCAAUCUUGUCAUCUAACUCUCAGUAAGAAAGGGAAAAAGCAUAUUUCCCCAAAAUAUUGAAUUAUUCCUUUAAGUCUCCCACCGCGACAAGCCGAACCGUCCCCUCUACGACAAAAGCAAAUGCACUUUUGACAGUCCGGAGUGAGGUUGCAGACUGUGCCGCUGGUAAGCCAUAAACCACUUCUAUUGAAUAAAACACUAAUAUAUGAGGUAAGUAAAUGGUUGUAUUAUUCAUUCUUGCCUCUGCUGGAUAUGAACCAUUAAGCCCAGCAUUGGACAUUUCUACCUCCAUCACUCAGGCACAUAAAUAUUUAGUGUCCGUUUGCUUGCUUCGAAGGCGCUGACAUAUCAAAUUCUCAGCAACAUGUCAGAAAUGUCAACCCUCGGUGACAGAAUACUUAAAUCAUCGGCACCAGACUUUUAUAGUUGUACCCCCAUGGCUAUGCUGUAGUUGCUUCUUCAACUGUGAUCGUUUCUUCUGUUUUCUUCUGUUAAUGGUUUGUGCACCGUUUGACAAUUUCUUACUGUAUUUUCAAUGAUCAUGAGCUGAGCAGCAGUCAAUCAUGAACAUGUUUUUAAAGGUGCUAUGUGUAGUAUUCUCUAAUUACUGUUAAAUUAUAACUCGGACCAUGGAUGUGACAGUUCAAACAUUACCUCUGGUGAUCAGCUCGAUAUUCUUUUGUUUGUUGGAAAAAAGGCACUUUUGAUUUUUUAGGUGAAGUCGCUCACGUUUGCUCCUUUUAUUGGCAGACCGGUAGCUGAAUAUUCAGAAGAAACAGGGGGGAAGAUAAUCAGAUUUGCUGCUAUUAAGCUGUUUAUUGUGACUAAAAAGUGUAGCACAUGUUAUUCUGUUAGGUAGUGUAAUAUUCAGUGAAAAUCCUACACAUAAUACCUUUAAGUGAAAGAAGUAUUAUGAUUUUUUUCAUCGUAAAGACAUAAAGAAAUUUGUCCAAUUGUGAUUUUUUUUUCUUUUCUUUCUUUCUGGUGUCUUUCUUUCACUGAAUUUGUGUUUUUAAAAAAAUAUUUUCUGGAAGAAAAAAAAAAGUACAAACACGAACAUUGCAGUUUUAACGAAUUUAUCAUGUAUUUUUUGCUUUAUAAAAAAAUGUGUAUAAUCAUUGUGGGCAGUGUUUUCAGUAAUGUUUUGUUAAUUUAUUACCUAAAUGUUCAAAUAUUAAAACUUUUAAAACAUGACACUUGGUACAAACAUACAGUAUAUAUUUAAAUAUGAUACUUUGCAUGUGCACUAACUGUGUUGGAUUAAACUGCAUUACGUUGAAAUAAAAUGGGUUGGAUGC